UCGGCUCAAAAAUGGUACAUUUGGACAGGUCAUAAGAGCUAAAUUGGCCUGACCCGGCUCAGCUUGUACGACCCUUGUUUUUGAAACCAAAAAAGCACACCCUUACUUACCCUCAAAGGCAUUCCUCGAAACCUAAGCCGAUCCAUCGACGCUUUGAAAACUUUAUUAAACUUCCUCCGGUCGCUUCUUCAACUUUCGAAUUUCAGGCUUCCUACACUUGUAAGGUAUUUGUGUUCGAUCUUUAUUGGCUGAAAUAUUAUGGCAAAUCAGCAUCUUAAUGAGACUCCUAGUGCAAGCAAUGUUUCUGGGGAAAGUUCAGAUUCGAUGGUGGAGAUCAAUAUCAAGACAUUAGAAUCUCAGAUCUAUAGUUUUCAGGUGGACAAAAAUAUGCUAGUUUCAUCAUUCAAGGAGAAAAUAGCUAAUGAUAUUGGUGUCCCAGUUGGUCAGCAACGACUGAUUUUCAGGGGGAAAGUAUUAAAGGAUGAUCACCCCCUUUCUGAAUAUCACGUGGAGAAUGGGCAUACAUUGCAUUUGGUUGUAAGGCAGCCAACUCAGUCACAGCCGUCCUCCGAUACAAGCUCUGGGGAGACAAAUGGAAAUAUUGGUAAUCGAGGCAAUGAUGUGAAUGCUGGUGUCCCUCGUAACCGGGUUGGGCAAAUCUCACACAGUGUACUUCUUGGUACUUUCAAUGUUGGGGAUCAAGGUGAAGGCAUUGUACCAGACUUAACUCGGGUUAUUGGGGCUGUUAUGAAUUCUCUUGGAGUAGGCGGCCAGUCCUCAAAUAAUGGAAAUAAUAAUGGCUUACAAUUCUCUGGUUUGUCAAAUGCACCAGCCUCACAAGGAAAUGAAACUGAUGAGAUAAGGGGUAAUGUUGGUAAUCAAAGCCAGCCUGGAUCACAAUCUGGACAAGCAUCUGGUCAACCAAUUCUAUCAUCACCUCAGGUUGUUCAAAUUCCUCUGACUGCAGCAGCUGUGCCAAUUCCUGCACUUCAUGCGCCAAUUCCUGAAUCUUUAAAUACUCUCUCUGAGUUUAUGAACUGCAUGGAGCAGACACUAUCUCAAAAUGGUUAUCAGCCAAACAUAUCUUCAACAAGCAAUGAAGGCAUACCCAGAGUAGAACUUCCUUCCACUGGACGAGGGAUGCCAACACCUGAAGCAUUGAGCAUUGUUUUGCGGCAUGCUCAGAGGCUUCUGAGCGGUCAAACUACUGCUGCACUAUCUCAUAUCGCAGGACGCUUGGAGCAAGAGGGAGCUUCUUUGGAUCCUACUAUUAGGGGGCAAAUUCAGGCUGAAUCUGCACAAGUAGGCUAUGCAAUGCUACAUUUAGGUUCUCUUCUUUUAGAGCUUGGUCGCGUAAUUCUGACUCUGCGUAUGGGGCAAUCUCCUGCUGAAUCUUCUGUCAAUGCUGGACCUGCAGUUUAUAUAUCUCCGUCAGGGCCUAAUCCUAUAAUGGUUCAGCCUUUGCCUCUUCAAACCAGUUCUCUCUUUGCUGGUUCUGCUCCAUCUAAUACUCCGAGUGUUGGCCCUGUUGGUGUAGGAAAUGCCCCAAGACACAUAAAUAUUCAUAUACAUGCUGGCACUGCAUUAGCACCUGUUGUUCCAGCUGUUGGUAACAGGGGAAGUAACGGGGAUGGACUGCAGGGUGAACGCAACAAUAAUACUGGUUCUUCUGAUUCAUCUGGUCCAGUUCCAUUGAGGAUGUUACCUGUCAGAAAUGUCAUUGCAGCAGCUGUCCCAUCACGUCCUACUGGCAUUGCAAUUUCCACUGGAGCACAACCUGGUUUAGGAUUUUCUGUAUCUUCACAACCUGCAAACUCUCUUUUGCUAUCCUCAGUUAUUAAUGAAGUCAAUUCUCAAAUUAGAAACUUGGUAGGUAACAUGCAAGGAGAAAACCAGGUUUCAUCGGGUGAAGUGCAGUCAAAUGUGCAGAACGUAUCUGGUGGAAACAAUGCAAGUAAUGAUAUCAGAAAUGAGCAGCCUCAUAGCAUGCCAGUAAAUAGAGUUGGUGAACUUAGUGCUUCCCAGCCUGUGGUCAUGCCUGAAAGUGAAGGCCAGAAGUCUCAACCUGAAUGCCAUCAAACAAGGAAUAAUGAAGAUGCAGGGAGUGUCUUGAUCACUAAAGAUGGACCAACUUGCUCAGCAGGGGGCUCUUCGAGUUCUCUAAAUGAAGUGAAGUUGAAAGACACUUCAGAAAAUGCUUCUGAAGUUAGUGAAAAGCAAUUCCUUCCAGAGGAUGCUAAAGCUGUUCCACUUGGAUUGGGGCUGGGUGGUCUAGAGCACAAGGUGAGGCGAAUCAGGCAUUCAAAGACCCCAGUCAAGAGUGGUGAUGGAGGAACGAGCAGUGCUCCUCACGAUCAGAAUAAUUCUAGAGCUCUUGGCCAACAGCUUUUGCUAUCUCUUGCACCUUCUAGCUCUGGAAUGAGUAGGACAGAUGCGAAUGACCCAUCCUCUGGUCAAUUACCCCUAGUUGGUUGUGUCAAGGAGAGUAGACAAUCAGAAGGGCAAGAUACUGGUGGCCAACUUGACACAGCCAAUGCUGUGUCUCAGGUUCUAAGUAGCCCUGAGAUCAAUGGUUUAUUGUCUGGUUUUUCAGAGCAAACUGGGGUUGGUUCUCCGGAUGUCUUGAGAAAUAUGUUGCAACAGCUCACUCAGAGUCCCCAAAUAAUGAAUACUGUUAAUCAAAUUGCUCAGCAGAUUGAAGGCCAGGAUCUUGGAAACAUUUUUUCAGGAUUUGGAGGGCAGGCUGGUGGAAUUGAUUUGUCAAGGAUGGUCCAACAGAUGAUGCCUGUUGUUUCUCAAGCUCUAGGUCAUGGCUCUGCUGUACAGCCAAUUUCUACUGUUCAGCAUGCUGAGAGAAUGACAAGUGGAGCGGACAGCUCAGAUAAUCAAAAUUUUGAGAUUGGAAUUCAACAAGUGGCUCAGAUGAUUGAACACUGUGAUCCUCCUGGGGAAGUUUUCCGCGGUGUAGUUGAGAAUGCUAGUCGGUUGCAGCAAAAUGGAAUUAUACCUGGCGACCUUGUGGAUGAGUUGUGCAGCGAUGAAGCUCUUGCACAUGAGUAUAUUGAGAUCCUCCGGCAAGAUAUACAUCGACGGUUUGAGGGCGACUCUGGCAGGGACAAAUACUAAUUUUUUGUCUUGUUUAAAAGGAUAUAGUGGCUUCAUUCUAAGUGUUCUGGACUGUACCUCUUCUGGUUCACUGGGAAAUAUGUUGAACAAUCUUGUACAAAAUCAGGUGUGGGGCUUGAUUGACCCAUAUAAUAUAGUUCAUUUGGAUGUUGAGGAGAAUGUAACUUUUCACAUACUUGUGCAGAAAUUUAGUUUUAUUUAUUAUUAGUACAUUCUACAACAUUUUGAGUUUGCUUCAAGCAAAAUCAAAUUUGUUUUGGCAGACAUAAUCUCUUGUUUAAUAGAAUCGGAUUUGAGUUUGUUGAAUUUGCACAACAA